AUUUAAUCUCGAGUCCUUCAAUUAUUCAAUAUAUUUGCUCUAGGAAAGUCCAAGAACAUCUGUAGAUAAACAAAUAUAAAGAUUACACUACUUAUUUAAUAGCAAUAUCAUUAUUGCUAUAUCAAAAUGGAGAAGAUUCUUUAGUUUAGUUGAAAAAAAAUUGAAUAAGCAUGUGGAAAUAUGUAACUCGUCGAUUCAGGGAUACUUUCGAAAGAAGCGCUAAUCAUUUUGAUAAACGUAGUUCUGCAGUGAUCAAUCCAUGCAAUAAUUUAUCUGAAGACAAAAAUAAAAAUUCUCCUUGCUGUUUUUUUAUUACCAAAAAAUGUUGGAAUUCUUUUCAAAGUGAAAAUGAUACUAACAGCAAAAGGUGGAACUUCGAACAAUUAAACCGUACUUGGAUUGGUGCCAUUACAUGGAGCAGUGCUCUUGUUUUUGGGUGGUACACAAGCCAACUAAUUCACCUGAAAUUUAAAAAACAGUCAAAUGAUAAGACACAGUGUAUAUCAAGAAAUAAUGGCAUCUUAGAAUUUUUGCCAAUUUUUAACAAUGUUUCCAAAAAAAGCCUGAAUCCACUUGAUAUAACAAUUCCAUUGGAUCAUUCUGUUGAGUCAAUACCAUCUGCAGUUAAAUAUAUAUCAAAUGAACACAUUGGAGAAAAUGAUAAAGGUACAAGUAGCAGUGGAAGUAAUAGUACUGGCACUUCCGAAAACUCUGAUAAUGACUUAGGAGAAGUCCUAAAUUCUAUUGAAAACAGACUCGGCUUAGCAGCUAUUGAGAAUGGACAACCACAAGAGGGAUUAAAUUUGCUGAGAUCAGCUGCUAAUCGAAACCAUGCACCAGCUAUAUAUAAUCUAGCUCUUUGUUAUGAACUGGGUUUAGGUGUGGAUAUAAAUGAGAAAAUAGCAAUGGAAUAUUACCGAUCUGCAGCUGCCUUACAGCAUCCAGGUGCUCUUUAUAAUCUUGGGAUAUAUUAUGGACAAGGGCGUGGUGGUCUUUCUCGUGAUGACGUAACAGCUAUAAGGUUAUUACGACUUGCAGCAGUACAGGGCCAGCAGGAUGCCAUAAAAGCAUUGAAUUCUCUAAAAGAUGCUUCAGACAUUGAUAAAACACCUAACAGUAAUUUAAGCUCUUGGAGUAAGCAGUUUUCACAAUUUACAAAACAUUCAAAUAUUGUUCCAACCCAUUCUAAGCUUUUCGUCGAGAAUGUAGAUCUUCUACAGACCAACAACUACAACUAUGAACCAAUGAUUUACUAAUAUUUUUUUUAUUUCUUUAAUUAAUUGGUGGUAGUUAUUCUUUUGUCAAUCAUUUGCUUUAUAUAAUGUUACUAUAACUAAAGCAAGUUACUGUUUACUGGGUAUACUUUUUCUUUGAAUACAAUUAAUGUGUUAAUUUGAAAAAAAAACAAUGUUUGGUCUUUCAUUAGUUACCUAUGAGUUUCAUACUAACGUCUCUAAAAUAAGCGUAAGUCAAAUGAAAAGUAUUUGAAAUUUAAUUUCGCCUGUAAGUUUGCAAAACUAUGUAUUUAAUAUGACAGCCUUAAUUUUAUUGACGCAUUUUAAAAUAACCUAAAAAAAGAAGGUGCCGAAAUUAUA